AUGCGCUGUGACUACCCCUACCUAGCUUUUACAGAAUCUGGUGUCUCCCUGGCCCCAGAUAUCAACUUCCUCCCCAAGGUACCCUCCCAAUUCCACCUCAAUCUUGAGGUUUGCCUACCCACCUUCUUCCCUAACCCCUCCUCGGACGAGGAGCGGAGGCUGCACUCCCUAGACGUCAGGCGUGCCUUACUCUUUUACCUAAAGCGCUCUAAAGCCUUUCGCAGGGACCAACAGCUGUUCGUCUCAUAUACUUCGCCCAGGCUAGGGUCUAGGAUCUCUUCACAGCGAUUCUCAAAGUGGCUGACGGAGACCAUCAAGACCUGUUACCUCCUAGCAAAGAGGCCGCUGCCAGGACCUGUUCGCGGACACUCCACCAGAGCAAUGGCGACAUCGGUGGCGUUCCUGAAAGGCGUCUCCUUGGCGGACGUCUGCGGAGCCUUCCAGCCGGUGCCCGUCCAGCCUCCGCAAGCCUCGUUCCCCGAGGGCGCCACCGCCGUGCUGCCGUGCCGCCUGGAGCAGGGCCACAUCCAGGACUACCACGUCCUCUGGUUCCGGCAACAGCCCGCUGAGCGGCCGGCCCACGUGCUGAAGCAUCGCCUCGACGGGCAGAUCGAACGAACCAGCGGCUUCGACGAGAGGUUCGCACCUGUCCGGGACGCCGCGGCCAACAGCUACCUGCUGCACGUCCAGGAACUGCGCACGGAGGACAGCGCCACCUACUGGUGCAUGGCGGAGAUCGACUCCUUCAGCGUCGCCGUCUCGGGGGCUGGCACGCAGCUCAGCGUCACGGGAGGGGAAUCAACCAGGGAACCCGCCAAGGUCAUCCUCUUGUCCGACGCGGCUGCCCACCUAUCGGAGUCCCCUGAUCUCCAUGCCUUGUGUCUGGCCGAGCAGUUCUACCCAGGCUUUGUGGAGAUAACAUGGAGCAUGUCUGGGAACACCGUCGUGGAGGGGGUGACGCCUGGAGAAGUUAUCUUGAAUGACGACGGCUCCUACAGCGCCAGCAGCGUCCUGACAAUCCCCCGCCAACUGCUGGGCAAGAAUGCCUCUCUCAAGUGUUCGGUGCACCAUUAUUCUUCUGGCUCCAAGGCAGAGAGGAGUCUCAAACUGUGCUAG